GAUCAUUUGAAACAGCGCGUCGUGGAGAUGAAAGCAUCAUGGAUGAACACCCGAAAUGAUGGGAUUUCUUCCAGAGCCCGCGGCUGCUCGAGCGCAUCUGUCCUCGUCUCAAAUUAGAUAAAAGGCAGCAGAGAGGCGAGAGGGGGGAGAGGCUGUUCAUCUGGGGAAGAUGUUCUGCGCCAAGUUGAAGGAACUGAAGCUAUCCGGAGAGUGCCCAUUCUCCAGCAGCGCCAAAAAUAAUGAGCUCGGAGACUUUGAGGAGCGCUCAAGUGACGCUGCGGAUUUAUUGCCAGUUUCCGAGGACGUGCACGGAAAAAUAAGAGAGAAUGCGCCGCGGCAGAAGGCGAGCAGAGCCAAAGUUAACCUGCACACACUUGGGGAGAGCAUCCGAAAACUGGCAUGCCCGGGGUUUCAAAGGCUGCACGACGCCCUCCAACGCAUGAUGACAGCAGCAGACCACAGCAAAGACUCCGAAAGUGCGUCGCUCCACUGUUGUCCCUAUCAGAGCUGCAAUGACAAACCUGAGCAUCUAGUGGAUAUGAUGAAGAGUUAUUCAACCAAAACAGCAAUCCCGAUGGAAGCUUUGAAAAUUGCUCUCGGCGAAGAGAUCUUCAGUAUGUGUUAUGAGGAAGACGGGCACAUUUUGAGAGUGGUGGGGGGAGCUCUGCAUGACUUCCUCAACAGUUUCAACGUCUUGCUGAAACAGAGCAGCAUGCUGCCCAGUCCAGAUAGGGAGGAUUGUGUAAACGAACCAUCUGUGCUUUGCUUAGACAAGGAUCCAGGUCUGCUUACUGUCUAUUUCUUCAACCCUAGCCCCACCACAGAGAUGUUUUUCCCCGGGGUCAUCAAAGCUGCAGCCCGCCUGCUGUACAACACCACAGUGGAUGUGUUGAAGGACCCCCUCACUUCUAAAGACAGCAUUCUGCAGUCCAGCCCACAGCCUAGUCUUCUGUACACAGUUGUAGUCAAGGAUGCUAAAACUCUGAGCCCCAGUCCACUGAGAGCUACCUCUGCCGGAACCCUCCCCACCUCUUUGUUUUCCACCAUCUUCCCUUUCCAUCUAAUACUGGACCAGGACCUGGUUCUGGUACAAAUAGGACACGGCCUUAGGAAGAGACUGACGAGGAAGGAUGGACUCCGAAGGUCUCCCACUUUCCAAGAGCACUUCUCUAUCGUCUCCCCUCAGAUCAAAUGCACCUUCCAGGGCAUUCUGACCAUGCUAAAUACGCAGUUUAUCAUUCGGAUCAAACAUGGAGUCUUUGUCACCGAUAACACGGGGAAGCCCAUGGACUUGAAAGGUCAGAUGAUUUACGUCCCAGAGUCAAACGCCAUCUUGUUCUUGGGCUCUCCGUGUGUGGACAAGCUGGAGGAGCUAACAGGCCGCGGCCUCUACCUGUCAGACAUCCCUAUUCACAAUGCGCUCCGAGAUGUGGUCCUGGUCGGUGAGCAGGCCAAAGCCCAGGAUGGUUUGAAGAAGCGGCUGGGGAAAGCCAAGGCAGCCUUAGAGCACGCUCACCAAGCUCUGGAGGAGGAGAAGAAGAAGACAGUAGACCUCCUCUUUUCUAUUUUCCCAGGCACCGUGGCACAGCAGCUGUGGCAGGGGGAAAUUGUUCAGGCCAAGAAGUUCAACCAAGUUACGAUGCUCUUCUCCGACAUCGUGGGCUUCACAGCCGUUUGCUCACUCUGCACACCGAUGCAAGUGAUCACCAUGCUCAAUGAGCUGUACACUAAAUUUGACUAUCAUUGCGGAGAGCUUGAUGUCUAUAAGGUAGAGACCAUAGGUGAUGCUUAUUGUGUUGCUGGGGGCUUGCACAGGGAGAGUGAGACCCACGCUGUGGAGAUUGCAUUCAUGGCGUUAAAGAUGAUGGAGCUUUCAGAUGAAGUUUUGACACCAACUGGCGAGCCAAUACAGAUGCGGAUCGGCCUCCACAGUGGGUCAGUGCUGGCUGGUGUUGUUGGGGUGAAGAUGCCGAGGUACUGCCUGUUUGGGAACAAUGUUACAUUAGCCAACAAGUUUGAGUCGGGCAGCCAGCCAAGAAAAAUCAACAUCAGCCCUACAACGCACAGAUUGCUCAAAGGUCGCCCAGAGUUUGUCUUUGUUCCCAGGAGCAGACAAGACCUUCCGGCCAACUUCCCAGAAGACAUCCCUGGUGUUUGUUACUUUUUGGAGUCUGCCUUGAAAACGUCAAAACUUACAAAAAAAUGAAGCCAAACUGCAGCAAGCACACUGUUCCCGAGAAACGUACCAAGUGAAUAUAUAGUGCAACUACCUGUAUGUUUCGUUCCAGGUCGUUUCAUUAUUGAUGUCUUGACAGCCAAACUUUUGCAGCAGAUGCUUAAUUACAAUGAUGUCACUUUGCUGUAAAACCUAUUGUUUUUGUAAAAUUGUCCAUUUGUACUCUAGGAUAGAGAAAUUUCCUCAUCCGUCUUCCAAAAUUAAUCAUUCCUGCAAUUUCAUAUCUAAAAAAAAGAGAUCUACUCACCUCUAGCUCACAGCAGAGUUAUUUGAAUUGUGAAUAAACAUUUUUUUGUUUUAUUUUGUUUAACAUGAUGCAAAUAUCAAAGGACAAAUAUGACACGGACAUUUUGAACGGAAUGUAGCAAAUCUUAAUAAUAAUAAAAAAAAUCUUAGGACUGUUUAUUCCAUUCAAAAAUGUUCAAAUACUUUAAAUGUGGCCAGGAAAGCACAACUCUUGUCAAAACAUAAGAAGUACCAGCAUAAAAUGUGUUGCAACACUAAUGCCAUGUAAAUAUUAGUCUACAGACAAAGUUUUAAUAAAGGUUUAUGUGCCAAAUGGGGUAAAAAAUGGGGUAUAUUUUUCUUCAUUAGAUAAGUUAUUAAUCUUCCCUUGAUAAAAUAUAUAGCAUUUUAUACUGCAACACUGACACGAGACUACAAAUGACUUAUUCUUUUUUAUGCAUGCCAGUAGCUAAAAGUAGUCCCAGAUAAACCAGGACAGUUGAAUUAGGCAAACUCAUGAAGAUGAGAAGUCCAAUUAAGCUUAUUUAAAUUUAAAUAAAGUAAAACUUUCCCUGCAUUUAUUUAACAUACAAAACAGUAAACCGAAAUUAAACUAAAAAAAACAACUCAAUUAUGUGGUUUGUUGGCAGAAAUCGACUUGGUACCACUUUGCCAUUAUGUGUUCGCUUGUGUUUUUUAUUUUUUCACGCCCACUAAAUAUUUAUUAUACAUUUCACAUCAUUCUAUUUCAAUACGGAAAAUGACACAUCUAGAAAACAAUGAAUGUCACUGACAAUGAUGUGCUUCUAUUGUAAUGUAAUCAAAGUGCAAUAAAUGCUGUCAUUAAUGGA